AUGUCUAAAUACUAUGAAACCAACAAAGCACAAGCCGUCCGUAUCGGUAAUGGGCUCUCUUCUCUUCCAAAAGAACAAUUACCAGACAUGAUAAAUAGCAUGGAUGAACCCCCUCUAGAUAUCAUCUUCGAUAUUCUUUCAAGAUUACCCGUAACCUCGCUAUUGCGAUUCAGGUGUGUAUCUAAACCAUGGUGCAAUAUCAUUGAUCAGCCACGCUUUGCUCGAAUGCAAAUAACACGAUCUGCUGAAGAACCUACAUUAAUAUUUGUUUCCAAACCAACGGACAGAAAAUCCACAUCGUGUUUGUAUUCAGUCAAAGAAAAGAAAGGGACCUUACAAACAAGUGAGAAUCGUCUUGUAGAGUUCGAUUUAUAUAGACAUCACGCUGAGGGUUCUUGCAAUGGACUGUUUUACGUAGCAGGAUAUUGCAGUGACGGGUCUAUUGAUAUUAUUGUGUCAAAUCCUCUUAAAAGAGAAGUUCAAAGGCUUCCACGGGCACCGGCGAAAUCCCAGGAGCCCGGUGUGCCAUUUUUGAAUGGAUGUGGAAUGGGUUUUGAUGUUUCAACCAAUACCUUCAAGUUGGUUUGUGUUUUCUUUCUGGAAAGCAACUUUGAACCAUCAACAUAUAGAUUUGGCACACUAGUGCACACAUUGGGAACAAGCUCAUGGAGAGAGAUAUCUCAAGCUACCCCUUAUCCUGUAUCUUAUAAACCUGUAUUUGUGCAUGGAGCUUUGCACUGGAUUAUUCACCCUUACUUACUCUACGACACUCCAANACUGGGAACAAGCUCAUGGAGAGAGAUAUCUCAAGCUACCCCUUAUCCUGUAUCUUAUAAGCCUGUAUUUGUGCAUGGAGCUUUGCACUGGAUUAUUCACCCUUACUUACUCUACGACACUCCAAAGGCCAUCAUCGUUUCUUUUGAACUUGGGAAAGAGGAAUUUAGCCUGAUUUCCCACCCCAAUUUCGAUUCAAAUUUUUUUAAUUUCUUUCAGUUGGUUGAUUUGAAUUGCGAUUUGGGUGUGGCUGAUCUCUCGUAUAACUCAAAAAUUGAGAUAUGGGUGAUGAAGGAUUACGAGAGAAAGCAGUGGGUCAAAGAAUAUAGAAUCGAGAUAAGUGGUCCGGAGAGGAGACCUGACAAUAGACACAUUGAAGUUAUAGGUCUCUGGAAGCAUGGUGACAUAUUGAUGAGGAUAGGGUGUGGUGGCAUUGGAAAAGGCUAUCCAUACGAUACCUACCCAAGUGGAAAGAAAUAG